UUAAGCUCAAAUGUUUGUUGGACCGAUCCAUGAAAUUUCUCCCAUUUCUUCGAACUUUUGAUCAUUGUCUGCUCAGGAAAGUUCUGCCGACUGCUUCCACAAAUCAAUUAUCGCUCAUUCGCAGUACUUCUAUUGGUAGUCAUCAUUCUUGUUACAACGUCAAGGAGAUACCGUCCAGGCUCUUGCACUCGUCAUCAGUUCUUUUCUGUCUGAAGUUCAGUAAAAAAAUAAGGCAACGUUUGUUGAAGAAAUCGCGAGAAGUGAUGGCUGAACACAAACACCAGGAUGAACUGCUUCCACUGCAAGCUCUUGUCAAAGAGAAGGGAGAUUUAGUGAGAAAGUUGAAAGAAGAAGGAGCUCCAGAAAAUGAUGUCAAGAAAGCUUUGGUUGAGUUGAAGGCUGCAAAAAAAGUGCUGGAAGACAAGCUCCUGGACUUGUCAAAAUUAGAGGAUGGUGAUGAAAUAGAUCGUGCCAAACUAGAAGACCUUUUAAAGCAAAGAUUUUUUUAUGAUCAGGCUUUUUCCAUCUAUGGUGGUGUCACUGGUCUGUAUGACUUUGGUCCCAUGGGGUGUGCUAUGAAAGCAAAUUUGCUUAAUGCAUGGAGGAAUUUCUUCAUCUUGGAGGAACAAAUGCUUGAAAUUGAUACUUCCAUGUUGACGCCUGAACCUGUCCUCAAGGCGUCAGGUCAUGUUGAUAGGUUUGCUGAUUUCAUGGUGAAAGAUGUGAAGACUGGGGAAUGCUUCAGAGCUGAUCAUCUUAUUGAAGCUCAUUUUGAAAAAUUGUUAGCUGAUAAAAAUACCAGCUUGGAGUUGAAAAAUGAAAUUAAAGAGCUCUUACCCAAGAUUGAUGGGUUCAGCAAAGAUGACAUGGCAUCAACUUUGAAGAAGUACAACAUGAAAUCUCCAGUCAGCAACAAUGACCUCACAGAACCCCAUCAGUUCAAUCUCAUGUUCAGUACUAGCAUUGGACCUUCUGGACUUAUCAAAGGAUAUUUAAGGCCUGAGACAGCUCAAGGAAUUUUUGUUAACUUCAAAAGGUUGCUUGAAUUCAAUCAAGGUCGUCUCCCGUUUGCCAGCGCCCAGAUUGGAUGUGCAUUCAGAAAUGAAAUCUCUCCUAGAUCAGGUCUCAUCAGAGUGAGGGAAUUUACAAUGGCUGAAAUAGAGCACUUCUGUGACCCCAAUGACAAAUCUCAUCCAAAGUUUGAAUCAGUGAAGGACGUUGAGAUGACCUUCUACUCGUCACACAACCAAAUGAAUGGUCUUCUGCCUGAAGUUCUUCCUAUUGGAGAGGCCGUUAAAAAGGGGCUGGUUGCCAACGAGACAUUGGGUUACUUCCUGGCUCGUGUUUUCCUCUUCCUGGUUCGUGUUGGCGUCAACAAGAGUAAGUUGAGGUUCAGACAGCACAUGCCAAACGAGAUGGCACAUUACGCAUGCGACUGCUGGGAUGCUGAGUGCAAAACGUCAUAUGGAUGGGUUGAAUGUGUUGGCAAUGCUGACAGGUCCUGCUACGAUUUGAAACAACACACAAAAGCCACUGGCGUCAAGUUGGUUGCUGAGAAAAAGCUUGCUGAACCGGUGGAAAAAGAAGUUUGUGAAGUGGUGCCUAACAAAGGUGCACUGGGCAAACAAUUUAAACACGAUGCCAAAUUGAUAUUAGAUGAAUUGGCUUCCUACUCAAAUGAACAAGUCAAGAAACUGGAAGAAGAUCUUUCAAGCCAGGGUUUCCAUAAUGUUUAUGUUGAAAAGAAAGAAUUCAAGUUGGAAAAGAAUGUAUUGGAUGUAAAGAAAUAUGUAAAGAAGUUUCAUGUGGAAGAAUUUGUACCCUCCGUCAUUGAGCCAUCGUUUGGAAUUGGAAGGAUCAUGUAUGCCAUAUUCGAGCACAACUUUCAUGUUCGAGAAAACGAUGAACAAAGAACAUACCUGUCGUUGCCUCCCCUCAUUGCUCCAUACAAAUGUUCGGUUCUACCACUAAGUGGCAAUGCUGAAUUUCUGCCAUUUGUCAAAAAAUUAUCUGAAUCCUUGACAAAGCAUGAUGUCUCUCACAAAGUUGAUUCGAGCAGCGUUGCCAUAGGACGAAGGUACGCAAGAACGGACCAGAUCGCUAUUCCAUUCGGCAUCACUGUUGACUUUGAUACAAUCAACAAGGAGCCGCACACUGCUACCCUCAGAGAAAGAGAUUCCAUGAAACAAAUAAGAGCUGAGAUUGAUGAGCUGCCUCAAAUUGUGAGCGACCUCUCCCUGGGCAAGAUAACAUGGACUGAAGUAACCAGCAAGUACCCUGCGUUUGAGCAGCAGGAAACUGGCUAAAACAUUCUGAAGUGUAACUCUCAUCAAGAUUCAUUAUUAAUCUUCUCAUAUGACAUCUUCAAAUAUUAUAUAACUGCUUUUGUGUAUCAUUAGCUUUUUUGAAUUAUUAAGUUCCUCGAAUGAUCUGUGUGUAUUUCACUUGCAGAUUCAGUCUCGAACUGAGCGUAUCACCUAUUUACCUAAAAAACCAUAUAAAGUUUUUGUUAAGUCACUAUCGUUAUGUUUUAAUUUGGUUAACUUUGUUAUUCACUUGGUUAUAAUCUACUUUCAAAAAAGUACUUUAUUACAAUCAUUUAUAGACAAUUUUUUGUCUAAUAUCUUUGUUAGAUGCUAUUGUUUGGUGAAAACGUACUUAGUCAGGCGCGCUCUCUUGUCUAAUGAUUGCUAUUGUUAGAUGAAAAAUAGGCAAUGGAGAGCAUGUAGAAUACUGUUUGUUUUGUUCAGUUUAAAAAUAUCAGAUAUUUGAAAUAUACAGUAGAUUUAAUUCAAAUAAAAUAAAUAAAUGACAUUAUAACAUUUCAUGUACUCGAUUUUAACUUUAUCACUAUAUUAUGAAUAUGCUGUGGCUCGGCCAGUGCUUAGAGUCUCAGCUUCUGACAACAGUUCUUCAAGUCUUUCGUUAACCAGCAUCUGUUCAGUGUUUAAACAACCAACAAAUAAUUCAAUUAUAGUAACCAAUUUGUGGUCUUGUGCUUAAAUGAAUAAUGAAACCAUGUUUAUCAUGUAU